GAUUGCAAGACAAGUUUUACGAACGACGCUAACGUGUCAACAACGCACGACAAAAAAGGUCUUCGAUCAACGAAGACUCGGAAACUAAUCCGGGAGAGAAAGUAACGAAAACCAAAACGCAAUUGUGUGUACAGUACAUCAGUGGAGCAUAACUUAAUUUCUUUGCACAACAAAGAGUACCCCCCAAAAAAAUAAACCAACAACAAAAUGCCACCACGCUCAACAACCGUUGCCAAUAACGACGAACCUCUCGAUACCACCGAGUUGGCUGGAGGUUCCAAACAAACCGGUGUUUUGUUUGAAGCUGAUGCUGAUACCGCCGAUGGUGCCUUGGCCGCUGAUAUUACCCAAUUCAAGAAGGCUGAAAAGCGUAAAUUGAAAUUGGUAUGGCGUAAUAUCAUUCUGUUCGGCUAUUUGCAUUUGGCUGCCUUGUAUGGUGGUUAUUUGUUCUUUGCCAAGGCCAAGUGGGCCACCGUUUUCUUCUCCAUCUUCUUGUAUUCCAUUGGUGUGUUGGGUAUUACCGCCGGCGCCCAUCGUUUGUAUGCCCAUCGUUCGUACAAAGCCAAAUGGCCAUUGCGUGUGCUGUUGAUCAUCUUCAAUACCGUGGCCUUCCAGGAUGCUGCCUACCAUUGGGCCCGUGAUCAUCGUGUCCAUCACAAGUUCUCUGAAACCGAUGCUGAUCCCCACAAUGCCACCCGUGGUUUCUUCUUCUCGCAUGUCGGUUGGUUGCUGUGCAAAAAACAUCCCGAUGUUGUAGCUAAGGGCAAGGGUUUGGAUCUGUCCGAUUUGCGUGCCGAUCCCAUUCUCAUGUUCCAAAAGAAACACUACAUGAUCUUGAUGCCUUUGGCCUGUUUCAUUUUGCCCACCAUCAUUCCCAUGUACUGCUGGAAUGAGACAUUUGUUAACUCCUGGUUUGUGGCCACCAUGUUCCGUUGGUGUUUCUUGCUCAAUGUCACCUGGUGUGUCAACAGUGCUGCCCACAAGUUUGGUGGCCGUCCCUAUGACAAGAACAUCAACCCCUCUGAAAACUCCUUGGUUGCCUAUUUCGCUUUCGGCGAAGGCUGGCACAACUAUCACCAUGUCUUCCCCUGGGAUUACAAGACUGCCGAAUGGGGCAACUGGUCCAUGAACUUGACCACUGCCUUCAUCAAUUUCUUUGCCAAGAUCGGCUGGGCCUACGAUUUGAAAUCUGUUGCUCCCGAAACAAUUCAAAAGCGUGUCUUGCGUACCGGUGAUGGCAGCCAUCAUCUGUGGGGCUAUGGUGAUAAGGAUUUGACUCCCGAAAUUGAAAAGGACAUUUUGACUGUCGACAAGAAAGAUCUUUAAACGGAGAUCGGUGAAAAGUGUCAAAACUAACGGAGACUCCACAAACUGACUCAGUUAACAAAAACAAAAUCAACACAGGCUACCUACCAACAUCAAGCACAAGAAUAAUCAUGUCUACGUGUUAAAAGUUGUAUUUAUUAAUAUUUAGUAUUUUUGUACUACCCCUAAGCUACUACUACUACUACUCUCUAACCAACUACAAAUCUUAUCUAGAUACUAUAUUUUUUUAUGAAAAAAAAAAAAGAA